UGCUGCUGUACUCGGCCUGUUGGUGCACCCACCACUUGCAGCCUGUGGCUCAGCUGCUCGCGUGCCGCCACAGCGCACCCGCCACAGGCCUCUUAAAGUGCCCCCGCCAGAGAAAACGCGUCUCCCAGCACCAAAGGGCGACCUCUACGCGCCGCCAGCGAUCACGCACCCAUCUUCCCCAUACAACUUUCAACCUUUCUGGGGAGUCUGUUGCCAUUUUUUCCAUCACAAUUCAUCCAUCAUGGCAGCUCGACCAGAGUUAAAACUCGACGACGAGGGCGGCUUCAUCCGCUUCUUCAAGUCUCUUCCCGACGUCGGCAGCGACACCGUUCGCAUCUUCGAUAGAGGUGAUUGGUACACUGCCCACGGCGAUGACUCUACAUUUAUUGCCAAUACAGUAUACAAGACAACCUCCGUUAUCCGUCAGCUCGGCCGAAAUGAUCAUACUGGAUUGCCCUCGGUUACCAUGACCGUCACAGUCUUCCGACAAUUCCUUCGAGAAGCCCUCUUCAAGCUGGGAAAGCGAGUCGAGAUUUGGGCAUCGCCUUCUGGCCGCAUGAACUGGAAGUGUGUCAAGCAGGCGUCUCCUGGUAACUUGCAAGAUGUUGAGGAUGAGCUUGGUGGCCAAAUUGAGUCGGCGCCUAUGAUUAUGGCAGUCAAGAUCCUGGCAAAGGCAAGUGAAGCACGCAGUGUCGGUGUUUGCUUCGCCGAUGCCAGUGUCCGAGAGCUUGGUGUCAGUGAGUUCCUUGACAACGACCUAUACUCCAACUUCGAGGCCCUCCUCAUUCAACUUGGCAUCCGCGAGUGCAUCGUACAACAAGAUAAGGGAGAAAAGGACAAGGAUCCCGAACUCGCAAAACUAAAGCAAAUUAUUGAUAACUGUGGUGUUGCCAUCGCCGAGAGACCGUCAAGCGACUUUGGCAUCAAAGAUAUUGAGCAAGAUCUUGCUCGUCUGCUCAAGGACGAAACGGCUGUCGCUCUGUUGCCUCAAACAGACCUCAAGCUCGCCAUGGGAUCUGCUGCAUCCCUCAUCAAGUAUCUGACCAUUCUGCAAGACUCGUCCAACUUUGGCCAGUACAAUCUCUACCAGCACGAUCUUGCUCAAUACAUGAAGCUUGAUGCUGCUGCUCUCAAGGCUAUCAACCUCAUGCCUGGACCCCGCGACGGUUCAAAGACUAUGAGUGUUUAUGGUGUUCUCAACCACUGCAAGACCCCCACUGGUAGCCGUCUGCUAGCCCAAUGGCUCAAGCAGCCGCUGAUGAACAAGGACGAGAUUGAGAGACGCCAGCAACUCGUUGAGGCAUUCUACAGUGACACAGAAUUACGCCAAACUAUGCAAGAAGAGCAUUUACGAUCGGUACCCGACUUGUAUCGUCUGUCUAAACGCUUCCAGCGUGGUAAAGCCAACCUGGAAGAUGUAGUGCGCGCAUACCAGGUUGUUAUUCGUCUACCAGGCUUCAUUGGCACUCUGGAGGGUGUCAUGGAUGAGGCGUACAGCAACCCUCUUGAUCAGGCAUAUACCAGCAAGCUACGCGAGAUGUCAGAUGGUUUGGGCAAGCUGCAGGACAUGGUCGAGCAGACAGUCGAUCUCGAUGCGCUCGAUCGCCACGAAUACAUUAUCAAGUCAGACUACGAUGCUGGGCUGCGAAUCAUCCGCAAGAAGCUCGACCACCUCGAUAAGAACAUCCGCGAUGAGUUCCACGAGGCGGCCCGAGACCUCAACCAGGAGGCUGAGAAGAAGAUCUUCCUCGAGCAAAAUCACAAGGUUCAUGGUGUAUGCAUGCGUCUGACUCGACAAGAGGCAGGCUGCAUCAGAAAUAAGUCCAAGUACCAAGAAUGCUCUACGCAGAAGAACGGUGUCUACUUCACUACCAAGCGCAUGCAAGCGCUGCGCCGUGAACACGACCAGCUCUCUUCAAACUACAACCGCACACAGUCUGGCCUUGUUAACGAGGUGGUUCAAGUUGCAUCUUCAUACUGCCCUGUGCUCGAGCGCCUAGCUGGUGUUCUUGCUCAUCUCGAUGUCAUUAUUUCCCUUGCACACUGCUCGGUCAACGCACCAGAAGCCUACGUCCGCCCAAAGAUCCACGCUCGUGGUACCGGCCAGACAAAGCUCAUUGGUGCUCGUCACCCUUGCAUGGAGCUUCAAGACGAUGUCCAGUUCAUCACCAACGACAUCAGCCUUACGCGUGACUCGUCGUCUUUCCUAAUCAUCACCGGUCCCAACAUGGGCGGUAAAUCCACAUAUAUUCGCCAGGCAGGCGUUAUUGCCCUGAUGGCACAAGUUGGCUGCUUUGUUCCUUGCAGUGAAGCUGAACUGACGAUAUUCGACUCCAUCCUAGCCCGUGUAGGAGCCAGUGAUUCACAGCUCAAGGGUGUAUCAACAUUCAUGGCAGAGAUGCUCGAAACAGCAAAUAUCCUGAAGUCUGCUACUUCGGAAUCGCUCAUCAUUAUCGACGAACUUGGACGUGGUACUUCAACGUAUGAUGGCUUUGGUCUCGCUUGGGCCAUUUCCGAGCACAUUGUCAAGGAGAUUGGCUGCUUCGCCAUGUUUGCAACCCACUUCCACGAGCUUACUGCUCUGGCAGACCAAUAUCCCCAAGUCGCUAACCUUCAUGUGACUGCCCACAUCUCCGACGGCGACAACGGAACGAAGCGGGAGGUUACACUUCUCUACAAGGUUGAGCCCGGUAUUUGCGACCAAAGUUUCGGUAUCCACGUUGCCGAGCUUGUUCGCUUCCCCGACAAGGUGGUACGCAUGGCUAAGCGCAAGGCUGACGAGCUUGAGGACUUUACGUCCAAGCACGAGGACCUUGGCGGUUUGACAUAUAGCAAGGAAGACGUCGAGCAGGGCAGUGCCAUGCUCAAGUCUGUUCUUGUGCAGUGGAAGGAUCAGGUCAAGAAUGGCAACAUGAGCAAGGACGAGCAGGUUGCGAAGCUCAAGGAGCUUGUCGGCGGCAACGAGGCUCUGCUUGCAAACCCAUUCUUCCAGUCUGUAAAGGCUCUAUAAAGAGGAUCAGGCAUAAUGUGUGUCUAUCAUUUCAAUUGGGCUGGCGUUGUUGGAUUAAAAUAGCAUAGUAAUUCAAAAUAAUGAACAAUCACUUCAUGGACCACGAGAGAAUUCCCAAACAGCAUAGCCAUUAUA